AAUCAACAACAUUUCCAAAUCUGGUUUAGAACCUUCAACAAGAACCUAUUUCAAUCUCCUUUAAUCCAAAACAAAAAUAAUUAUAAAAAUGAAUUUCCAUAAAGUUUUCAUCUUUGUUGCCUUGAUCUUGGCUGUUUUCGCUGGUCAAAGUCAAGCGGGUUGGUUGAAAAAAAUUGGCAAGAAAAUUGAACGUGUUGGCCAACAUACUCGUGAUGCUUCCAUACAAGCAAUUGGUAUUGCCCAGCAAGCUGCUAAUGUUGCUGCAACAGCCAGAGGUUAAAGCAGAAAAAUGUCGUAUCAUCAUUUAGUAUUAUUUUGUGCCAUAUUUUAUUAAGGAAAUUGAGAUUAUUUAAAUUAAGAAAUUAAUAAGUUAAAGAAAAUAAAUUUAUUUGAAUUAGAUCAUGGAAUACCUUU